CGACAAUCCACUUCCAUUAGUUACUAUUUUUUAAUUUCUACUCACCUACCUAACAUUUGAACCUACUUACACCUACUUACUUUGGGUGCACACGACUUAUACCGUGUCAGUUCAUCUUCAGCAUAGGUAGUUCAGAAAUUCAAUAACGCGACAAUGGAUAACACUGUCGCGCCAUCGGAAGAGGCGCUCCUACAUGAUUCUCUUACAGUCUCCAUUGAUGGAUCCUUGCCAAUCAUAGAUCCCACUCAACACUUUGACAUCGAUGAUCCUCCACACAUUCCAACAAACUUUUCUGAGGAUACCUCAACUGAUACCACUGCUACUAGUAGUUCAGGGGGUAGCUUGAAGCGUGCCAGACCACACGACGAGCCUGACGAUGGUUGGCAAAUGGUUGAAAAACGCUCUUCCAAGAAACCAAAAAAGGAAAAGAAAGUUCCUGCGCCCAAGUCGACUAAUUACCCUUCUAUCACAUUCAAUCAUAAUGCCAAGCUCCAGUCUAAGAUUGCUCUUGACUCACUACGAAACCUCAUCCUCUAUAUCUUCGCCGAAGGGAAUGCCCCCCAAUGGGUCGCAAUCUCUCAACGACCACAAUUUAGAAAGAUUGUUACAAUAAUGGUACCAGGAUUGGAAGAGGCUAUGUUCAAGCAGAAUGUGGACUUUUCCACGUACAAUGAUCAGCCCUUUGAGCUAGAUCAAAAGUCCCGCGUCUUAACAUCUCCCGACGACUACUACCCGCGACUCCUGAAGAGAGAUGAGCUACCCGAAAUUCUCAAGGAUUUCGCCGAUAUGUUCCCCCAUCUCUGGCCAGUCAAGACUCCCGGAAAUGAGAAAUAUGGCACCAUACGCUCGCCAUUAGGCACUAUGCUUACGGUGCCGAUUGAGAAGUCUAAAGAAGAGAAGGGCCACAGGGGUGUCCAGCCCGCGAAAGACCCCAAAGGCUGGAAAGAUGAGCGUACCCGAAUAACCGAAUUUAUUGCCAUGCCAGAGGAUCUUCAAGUAAACGGGUACGUUUUGCAUCCAGCCUGCGUACCAGCAGAGCGGCGCAAGCACUACCGGGCACCCGAAGGUUGGGUAUACACCAAUGUAGUGAACCUUGAGGACGGCGACGUCCCAGAAGGGGAGAUACAACAAGGGAGUGUGACGGCGGGCCGAGAGGUUCUCGCACUUGACUGUGAGAUGUGUAUGACAGCCCCCGACGAAUUUUCUCUCACGAGAAUUAGUCUGGUAAAUUGGGACGGGACUAUCAUUCUCGACCAACUUGUCAAGCCUAACAAGCCCAUCGUGGAUUAUGUAACGCAGUUCUCAGGCAUUACGGAGGAAAUGUUGGCUACGGUGACCACCACGCUUGAGGAUAUACAGACGAAGCUUUUAGAGAUUCUUCAUCCACGCACUGUCCUUGUAGGACAUUCCUUGGAGUCAGACCUUAAAGCCCUACGACUCACGCAUCCUUUCAUUAUCGACACCUCCAUACUAUUCCCCCACAACAGAGGACCUCCGUUGAAGAACAGCCUCAAAUUCCUAACACAGCGAUUCCUCAGGCGCGAAAUCCAGAAAGGUAUUGCCGGACAUGAUUCGAUAGAGGACGCAAAAGCGUGCUUGGAUCUUGUCAAGCAGAAAUGUGAGAAGGGAAAAUCAUGGGGGUGCCACGAAUCGCAAGGGGAGAAUUUGUUUCGACGAUUGACCCGGGCUGGCAAAGCUUACCGAGCUAAUGGUGGAGUUGAGGCUAAGGGAGGUGCCCAAGUCGCGAAGACGAGCGCUAUGAUUGAUUGGGGUGAUCCAACUCGGGGUGCUGGAUCGGCUUCAACUUUUCCUAUUGGGUGUAACUCGGACGAGGAAGUCAUGGAAGGUGUUCUACGUGCUGUAAAGGGAGACCCUGUUGGAGAGGAGAUACCGUUUGGAGGUGUCGACUUCGUCUUCGCUAGAUUCCGCGAAUUGGAAUCAUUUCAGGGGUGGUGGGGUCGAAAUGGCGACCUGGCACCCCCGGACCUUUCCGAAAUGUCCCUUGAGUCCUGUGUCCAGAAUCUUGCUCGGCGCAUCAAGCACAUCCACGAAUCGCUUCCUCCAUGUACGGGAUUCAUUGUAUUCAGUGGAUCCGGCGACCCACGCCAAAUGGCCCAACUACAGGCUCUACAAACCCAGUUCAAGAAGGAGUAUAACACACCUGGUAGCAACUGGGACGAGCUGAGUGUCAAAUGGACGGAUAGAGAAGAUCAUGAUUUAAGGAAAGCUGUUGGAAUUGCCCGGAACGGUAUUGGGUUUAUCGGCGUUAAAUGAGGGCAUUUCAAUUUACAACGGAGAUAUAAUGAUGCGUCCCUAGGUAGGCAUGCUACCGCGAUAGGGUGUGGGAUGAAAGGUGGUUAGGAGUACCUAUGAGAUACGAGCUAUGAUCGUGAUUUUACAUCGGGAUUAUGAGAUACCCUAGGGCUAUUUUAUAUAUUUAGAGAUCAAUGAUGUUAGGUUAGGGAUAUAUACUAUGUAGUACCUACUUACAUACCCACCCUAGGUAUAGUUAUUAGUAGGUGCUAUGUAGGUAGAUAUAAGCCUAAGUAACACAGCUCAACAAAACGACCAUGUGGUCCUAAUACUAAUGGUAUUUGUUACUCUCCUA